CAUGACCCAUAUCAACUGGGAUUUCAGUUGAUUUUUUAUGACAAAAUAGUCUAAAUUGUAGUGGGUCGACAUCUUAACGAUACUUGAAAUUUAUUGUUUAUCGGAUUAGUACACAGACAUCAGCGUCGCUAGUCUUCAGUUGGCUUUGCAGAGAGAUGUUUACAUCCCAGACCUCUUCCUUUCAGGAGUCCAUAGACGUGGAUGAAAGGGAUAUAGACUUCGACAACGAAGAAUUCGCCGGAUAUAGCCAGAAAAUACAGCAGAUUAACAGUUACUAUGCCAUAUAUUACUACCAGAGCACAAGAUCUGAUGCUUCUGGAGAGAGUGUGACCUGGAGCCAGAGGAGAUCAGACUCAACUACAAGUCAGGAUGACUUUAGUCUCACCCUAUUGGACACCAGUUUACCAUCAGAGGCGGAGCCAGAACUGCGAAGCUACAUCUCCCGCAGGUUGAGCAAGGGCGCUCUGCUUGGUGGUAUGGGUAACAUUGCCACUGUGGAACUAAGUAUCCCUGAGCAAGCGGUGGGCUGUUACUGCUGUCUGCUGGAACAGGAGAAAUCACCUGAACAGACUGAUGCUGAUGGCAACGGCUGGGUGGUGUGUCUCCUUGGAGAAUCAGAGAAGGGCCUGAAUCUAUUCAGAAUUGAGCUGGACAAGUAUGUCCAGGGUCUCCAGGGUAGUUUGACCACAGAGAUGCAGAAUUUGGAGACGUACGUCAGGCCCUACCUGAACUGCUGGUAUGAAGAGUCAGUAAUGCAUAUUCACAGAGUGGUUCAACUGUUGCAGGCAAACCUGGGGUACCUUCUACAUGCUGCUUUGAGUCACAAACUUGUAGAAGUCACAGGGGCGGAUGAGAAAACAAAAACAGAUGUAGCAAGAUUUAUCAAAGCAGCCAGUCUCCAGGGUCUAGUCCAGGAAAACACAACCACUGCAUCGCUGUGUAAGGCCAUCUCGGAGGACUCGCACACCAAUCUGAUCAUCAACUGCUCCACCAGUCCACCCACACUCACUAAUGCAGUCAGUAACCGGUUCUGUGAUGACUGGAUUCAGGCCUUCCUCAAUGCUACUGAGCGCUUUAACCCUUUCCUCCUCCGUCAGAUCCUGGAGAACUUUAAACUUAAGGCCAUUCAGGACAUGAACAACCUGAAGCGUUUCAUCCGUCAGGCAGAGAUGAGCCACUACGCUCUGUACCGCUGCUGUCUGUUCCUCCAGAGCUGUGGAAAUGGAGAUGUGCUACUGCAGAAUGCGCAUGCUGAGCACAGCAGCCUUCCCGAGGCCUGUGGAAUCAUAAACGUGCUGGAGGAGUUCCUCGGUGAGCAGGCACAAGGCACACUGUACUGACACUUCUGCCUGCACAAGGUUUCAUACAUUCACCCAUCUGAUCACCUUGUAAGCCAGUGCUAUUCAAAUCCGGUCCUGAAGGGCCACCAUGCUGCAGAGUUUAGUUCCAGCCCUGCUCUUAAUCACCUACCUGUAAUUUUCAGUUAAUGCUGAAGACUUUGAUUAGCUUGUUCAGGUGUGUUUGAAUAGGGUUGGUGCUAAACUCUGCAAUAAUGGUGGCCCUGUAGGACCGGAUUUGAAUAAAUCCCUUUGCAUGCAGAUCCCCCUGAAUUGCUGUCCAGCCCUCAUAAUCUUAGCAGUGUGGUCAUAGAUCUGCAUUUUGGGCAACUUCAGCUAUCUUAACACAAAAUAUAGUACAUCUUUGUGUGUGUUACUGAGGUUCAACAUCAAAGAUAAAAAAGUACUUUUCUGUGAUAUGCAGCUGUAUGUCGAUUUUGGAUGCUUUCACUGAUGAUUAUUAUAAAUUAUAAACUUAACAGAUUUGAUUAAAUGGACCAACUGAAAAUAUUACAUGAUCCAGCUUUAAAUCACUGUACUGUUUAUAUGUGACACCUGAUUCUAUUAUGUAGCCUCAGCUGUGUUUUAGCCGUUGUCUUGUGCAUUAUGUGAAAAUUUGCAAUGUUAAACUAAGUGGUAAGCAGACAGUUCUGUACAUUAAUGGUUUGUAAUGCUGAAGAAGGAAGCUAAUCAUGUAAUACUGAAGCUCUUCACAAGCCAAUAACAUGUUAGCUUAUCAACAUUAUAUAACAAAAACAACAGAAUCCAAUGGGAAUUACACUUAUUGUCAUGCUCUUUUUUUUCUUCUUUUGUGUCUGAAAGUGCUUAAUUUAUUCAUAAUACUUCUUGAUGUUUAAUUUAGGUCUAUGAUUUAGGUAUUUUUUGAGAAGUUUUGACUUAUUUAUAAUUAAUUCCUUUCAUUUUUCUCCUCAAUGGCAAUUUUACCGUUUUUCUUACCAAAGAAUUUCGAAUUUUUAUUCUUGUAAAUACAAAAGUAAUCUUAAUACAGAAAUUAGAUGUAAAUGUUAUGAAGACUAAGAAAUGAAGCAUAAUAGUGUGUUUAGUUAAAAAACACAACAAAACAGUUUUUGUAUGUAUUGCUGAAGUUGUAAAAUACGUCAAUGUGUUUAAUUAUAUUAGAAUUGUGUGGCUCCUGAAACUCCUCACUUGUUCAAAUUUGGUAUGACUAUACCGUAAUUUGUGCCAGCAACAUUUCAUUUUGUCGGAACUUGAAAGAAUUAAAGAAGUGUACAACACUGUGG